AUACAAUACAGUAAAAUGCAAAGGAAGACGCCGCACCGCCGAUAACUUAAUCUUAACAUCAUAGUAUUACGUAUGGAUAAAUAAUCAAUUCAUAAUUCUGGUUGGAAUGAAACCCUAGAAUAGAAUAAAGGCGCAAAAGAGAAAGCAAAGUUAAAAUUAGUGGGCAAGAAAAGAAAGCUUGGGAAGGCAAAUGGGAAUGGAAUAAAGGUGGGUCGGCGUUGGGGUUGAUCUGAAAAAUUAUAAAUUAAAUCGAAUUAAAAAUUUUGGAUGAAAAUGGGUUCGGAGGCGAAGGAGCAAUUGUCGAUGAGAUUGAUAGUGGGUUGUUUGGUUACAGGGGCAGCGUUGGUGGCCGGGUUUUCGGUGUUAAGCCUUUAUUUGGCUCCAAAAGGUUCUUCCGUAGGGCUUGGAUUGGGAAGUUUGCAAUGGAGGAAGAAAAAGAAGAAACCAGUACGCGUGUACAUGGACGGUUGCUUUGACAUGAUGCACUACGGCCAUUGCAACGCGCUCCGUCAGGCGCAUGCUCUCGGUGACCAGUUGGUUGUUGGUGUUGUGAGCGACGCGGAAAUCACGUUGAACAAGGGUCCUCCGGUGACGCCUCUUCACGAGAGGAUGAUAAUGGUGAAUGCCGUGAAAUGGGUCGAUGAGGUAAUCCCAGAUGCGCCUUAUGCUAUAACUGAAGAUUUCAUGAAGAAAUUGUUUGAUGAGUACAACAUCGAUUACAUUAUUCAUGGGGAUGAUCCUUGUGUUCUUCCUGAUGGAACUGAUGCCUACGCGCUCGCCAAGAAGGCGGGUCGCUACAAGCAAAUUAAGCGCACUGAAGGUGUAUCCAGCACAGACAUCGUUGGUCGUAUGCUUCUGUGUGUUAGAGAGAGAUCUGUUAGCGACAGUCACGACCACUCUUCAUUGCAACGGCAGUUUAGCCAUGGUCACAGCCAGAAAUUUGAAGAUGGUGGAUCCGGCAGUGGAACUCGUGUCUCUCAUUUUCUGCCAACCUCCCGAAGAAUUGUUCAAUUCUCUAAUGGCAAGGGACCUGGACCUGAUGCUCGUAUAGUCUAUAUAGAUGGUGCAUUUGAUCUAUUUCAUGCUGGGCACGUUGAGAUCUUGAGGAUUGCACGGGGGCUUGGAGAUUUUCUUCUCGUUGGGAUACACAAUGAUCAAACUGUCAGUGCAAAAAGAGGAACUCAUCGCCCUAUUAUGAAUCUGCAUGAAAGAAGUUUAAGUGUUUUGGCUUGUCGCUAUGUGGAUGAGGUUAUAAUCGGUGCUCCAUGGGAAGUGUCUAAAGAUAUGAUCACAACCUUCAACAUCUCACUAGUUGUCCAUGGAACAGUGGCUGAGAACAAUGAUUUUGCGAAGGAGAAUGACAAUCCAUAUGCAGUUCCGAUUAGCAUGGGUAUCUUCAAAGUUUUGGAAAGCCCACUGGAUAUCACAACUACCACGAUAAUUAGAAGGAUUGUAUCAAAUCAUGAGGCAUACCAGAAACGAAAUGAGAAAAAGUCAGCCAGCGAGAAGAAGUAUUAUGAAAGCAAGACUUUCGUGUCUGGUGAUUGAUUGAAGUAUCAGAUCAUCUGGUGCAUGAUGCUUGGUGGAUGCAUAUUUACUUAAUUCACCAAUAGUUUUUUUGGUACGAUGUAUGACCCAAUUGAGGUCAGUGAUUGAAGAUCAUAUGCUAUUGCUGAGUCAAUCUUGUUUUGGAAUUCUGUACUUCUAAUUUUGUAGGCCACUUGGAAUUAGAUUCCCAGGCAAUAGUCGAAAGUUUAGGGUAGAGAUUGAGCCGGUUAUAUGUACAAGUGCUUGCUUCAGUUUUAUGCAUUACCGGUAUUAUUAUAGCCAUUAAAUUGGUUCUGUUGAACUGAGAAGAGCAAUUAUGUUACAAAAAGAGGAUUGAAUAUGAUUUUUCCGUUUUCCAGGAAAUAAAUAUUAGAAGGAAAAGUUUUCUCUUC